AAAAAACAGUGAUUUGAAAAACCUACUUUAUUUACAAAAUUAUUUAAAAUUCAUAUUUGACACUGAUUUUAAACAUUUACGCUCAAAUGUAUGUACAACGAACCGUUGCCAAGGAUACCUUAUUACGCCAGUGCAAUAACGAAGUAUACUUUAUCAUAUUCCGCAAGUGACAUGAAGUGCAUUGUAAUAGCAUUAAUAAUAAAAUAAAAUUACAUUUUCAUAUUAAUUAUUUAAUAACAAAGAAAAAAGCGAAAAACAAUGAAGUUCAUACCUUUGCAUACGAAGAACACAGCUAUAAUUUACAAGAACUCGCUAUGUUCCUCCGCAAGCAUUAUCGUACUCAUUUUCAUUAUCUUGUCUGUAAUGAUACCCAUGUUGCUGGUGUCGCUUCUCAGUCCGUAUUCCGGUAUUUCGGAAUCACGUAUACUCUUCGAGCAACCGCGACUGCAAUUUAAAUUUCAAAGCAUAUUAAUUGCUGAAACGGAAGGGGAAGAUGUGAAUCACAUAAAAAAUGUUAAUUUGGUGGUAUGCAGUACCCUGCCGCAGCUAAAUACUGUUGUAAUGGAACUGGGCCAAAGUUGUGAGGGAAUUAAGUAUUGGACCGACGACUUUGAUCAUGAUGGCACAAUUGAUCGCGCACAUUUCCAACAACAACUAGAAUCACUACCAGGUCGCAUCAAGAGCAUCAAUUUGGCAAUACUUUUUGAGGCGAAGCUGAAGCACAAAUGUUCUCUUUCGCCGCCAGCACUUCUCACUUAUCAUAAUGUUAUCCCAUCAGGAAUGCAGUUAAGCACUGGCACCAUAUUACUAAAAGCGGAAUUAAAACUUAAGCAAUAUAUAGAGUUCACUUGCCCAUUUCCCGGUCGCAAUACUAAAACACAAUUUCUUCCGGUGAAAUUCAACUCCAAUAGUAGUCAUGUGAACAUGAACGAUUUUCAAAUACAAAACCUGCUUGAACAACUAAAAAGGAAUCCAGCAUAUUUUCAGCUCUCGGAACAAGAAACUUACUUUCGACGCGAAUCCGGAAACACACUUCGCAUACAAUUGGAUUUAGAUGUAUUGCAAGUGCCUGCGCGAUACCACCUUAGUGUUUGGGAGCGCCUGGGACAAUUUUGGUUAUAUUUUGCUUCCUUCUUCGGUAUCUCAUUCUAUAUUAUGAACAAAGUUAAAGAUUAUUUGUUUGGUCAGCACAUUAUUCGGGCUUGGGAAGUGAUACCUUGGAAGAAGCUCUACUGA